CCACUUCUCCUCUCAAUGGAGUGUAGAUAAGACAAUAGAUAACAUGUGUGAAACCAAAUGCACCAACUGAACUCCAGACUGAUCAAACAGCAUGCCGGAUUAGGAGAUGCACUUCUGACGAUCCACUCCAUCUACCUGGUUAUGUGAAUGGAGGCCUCAGAGAACCCGCUCAGCUGGGGUGAGGAGUGGAACCUCUCGUUUGCAGGUUGUGGCUUCAGGAGUGUUUACCACCUGGGAGCCUCCAGCUGUAUCCUGGAGCGGGUGCCAUGGCUGAUUCAUGGUGCUUCUAAAAUCUGUGGAGCUUCGUCUGGUUGCCUCGUCGCCGCAGCUCUGACUGUUGGGAUUCCACUUGAACAAUUCUGUGUCCAUGUGUUGUCGAUGGCGAAAGAGGCCCGACAACAAACACUUGGCGUUUUCCACCCGACCUUCAGUCUGCUGCGGAGGGUACAGGAGUCCCUGAUGGAGAAACUCCCAGAGGACGCUCACCGUCGGGCCUCGGGGAAGCUCUGCGUGUCCCUCACCCGACUGGCUGAUGGACAGAACGUUUUGGUGUCAGAGUUCGAGAGCAGAGAAGAGCUCAUUCAGGUUCUCAUCUGCAGCUGCUUUUUCCCUGUUUACUGUGGUUUCACUCCACCUUCCUACCGUGGAGUGUACUACAUGGACGGAGCCCUGAGCAACAACAUGCCCCUGUUCGAGAACAGAAACACCAUCACUGUGGCCCCGUUCUCUGGCGAGAGCGACAUCUGCCCCAGGGAGGGUACUUUCAACUUCUUCGACGUGCACUACGGCAACGUCAGCAUCCAGAUCAACACUGGCAACGUGCACCGCAUCUGUACAUCCUUCCUACCUCCAAGACUAGAGAAACUGGCAGAGAUCUGUCACAACGGCUACAUGGAUGCUCUUCGUUUCUUGAGAGAAAAAGAUCUGCUUGGGACACAAUGUCUUCCCUGCAGCUUGGUGUCAGACAUGGACACAGUCAAACCUACUUGUUGUGAGUUGUGGAAGAAAUUGGCUCAAGCAGACGAGUCCGAGAAGACUCACCUGAACGGGUUGAAUCCUGCACCGGAAGAGGAUCACUGGCUUGACCAGAAAGUCAUAGAGAACCUCCCAGAUGAUAUCAAGAAAAGCCUGCGUGAGGUCUGCAGGGAGAGUCCUGGAGGUGUGGGUCCAUGGUCUCAGCUCACAGAGUUCCUUCCGGUCAAGCUGGUUUUGUAUCUGCUGACCUUCCUCGUGCUGCCGAUCGAGCUGAGCCUCUUACUCAUUAAAAGUGUGCUACAGUCAGGCUGUGCAGUCAUUCACAGACUGUUGACGUCGUCUACAGAUUUCUGCACUGAAGGAAACAACAACAACAGUGCGACUCGAUGUCGGAACAGGUCCUCAAGCUCAGAUCUGAAACCCGACAGGAGCAGACAAAAACAUUAAGCCACAAGUUUAAAACAAAUCCCUUUCCUUGGUAUUCCCAGCAGUAACCUCGACCUCCUCUCCCUCACCUCCACAUGUUUUCUGACCUUCGAACAUCCAAUCUGACUAAAUGUGUCGAGGUGACUUUAAACCACAGAAGUAGACAGACUCAUCAACCAUAAACCAGGCAGGAAAAAAGCAUUGUUUCUUAUUAUUUAUGUAACAUUGAUAGGGAGGCAUAGCUAGUUCAUGACCACCAUUUUAAUCAUGGUGAAUAAAUUCAUUCCAGACAUCUUUUCAUAUAAGAAGUUUUGUUACCAGUGAUUUCUGCCAACAAUUCAUCGGCAAUAUGUUAUGUUUUAUAAAAAAUAUUUUUUAUAAAAACAUUCAUAUAGGAUAUUAGAAGUGUGUUUAGAGGGACACCACAAUGAAAAAUAAAAUUGUUAACAACCUAAAAAGAUUUAAAUAAAUUCAGUUCUUUAAAUCUUAAGUUGUAAACUGUGUAAAUAUAACUUCAUUUUAAUUAGGAAACUUAAUAGAGCUCCUGCUACCAAUUGAAGUAGUUAUUUCAAGUAAUUUUUCUGUAUAUGUAGAUUUUUACAUUCAGUCUCUACCUUUACUGACAGUAACUCAAUUCAUUUCUCUUACAGUGCCUUGCAUAAGUAUUCACCCCCCUUGGACUUUUCCCCAUUAUGUACUGUUACUAACUGUAAUUCAAAUAGACUUAAAUAAACUUUUUCCCAUUUGAUCAAUACAACAUGCAUAGUACUUUGGAGGUGCAAAAUAUAUUUUAUUGUGACACAAACAAUAAUGAGAACAAAAAGUUGUCGUCUGUUAGGUGCAUAAGUAUUCACCCCCCUGUGUCAAUACUUGGUAGAACCCCCUUUCGCUGCAUUUACAGCUGCAAGUCUUUUGGGGUAUGUCUCUACCAGCUUUGCACAUCUAGAGAUGGAAAUGUAUGUCCAUUCUUCUUGGCAAAAAAGAUGAAGCUCAGUCAGAUUGGAUGGCGACUGUCUGUGAACCUCAAUUUUCAAGUCUUGCCAUAGAUUCUCAAUUGGAUUUAGGUCUGUGCCUUGGCUGGACCAUUUUAAGACAUGAACAAGCUUUGAUCCAAACCAUUCCUUUGUAGCUCUGGCUGUAUGUUUAGGGUCAUUGUCCAGCUGGAAGAUGAACCUCCGCCCCAGUCUCAAGUCUUUUGCAGACUGCAUCAGAUUUUCUUCAAGGAUUUCCCUGUAUUUGGCUCCAUCCAUCUUUCCCUCUGUUCUGACCAGUUUCCCUGUACCUAAUGAAGAGAAGCAUCCCCACAGCAUGAUGCUACCACCACCAUGUUUCACUGCUGGGAUGGUGUGCUCAGGGUGAUGGGCAGUGUUGGGUUUUCGCCACACAUAGCGUUUUGCAUUGAGGCCAAAAAGUUCAAUUUUGGUCUCAUUUGACCAGAGCACCUUCUUCCACAUGUUUGCUGUGUCUCCCACAUGGCUUCUGGCAAACUCCAAACAGGAUUUUUUUUAUGGAUCCCUUUCAAUAAUGGCUUUCUUCUUGCCACUCUUCCAUAAAGGCCAGAUUUGUGGAGUAGACUACUAAUAGUUGUCCUGUGGACAGAUUCUCCCACCUCAGCUCUGGAUCUCUGCAACUCCUCCAGAGUAACCAUGGGCCUCCUGGUUGCUCCUCUGAUAAAUUUUCUCCUUGUCCGACUCUUCAGUUUGGGUGGACGGCCUCCUCUUGGUAGGUUUGCGGUUGUGCCAUAUUCUUUCCAUUUUCUGAUGAUGGAUUUUAUGGUGCUCCGUGAGAUGUUCAAAGCUCUGGAUAUUUUUUUAUAACCUAACCCUGCUUCAUAUUUCUCCACAACUUUAUCCCUGACCUGUUUGGUGAGCUCCUUGGUCUUCAUGAUGCUGUUUGUUCAGUAAUGAUCUCCAACAAACUCUGAGUCCGUCACAGAACAGGUGUAUUUAUACUGAGAUUAAAUUGCAGACAUGUGGACCCUAUUUCCUAAGUAUGUGACUUGCAAAUGUGACUUGUGAAGGCAAUUGGUCGCACCAGAUCUUUGUUAGGGGUUUCACAGUAAAGGGGAUGAAUACAUAUGCACUCAACACUUUUCAGAUUUUUAUUUGUAAAUAAUUUUGAAAUCCAUUUAAUAUUUUCCCCCGCUUCCAAAUGAUGGACUAUUUUGUUUUGGUCCAUUACAUAAAAUCACGAUGAAAUAAAUGUUCAUCUGUGGUUAUACCAUGACAAAAUGUAGAAAAGUACAAGGGGGGUGAAUACUUAUGCAAGGCACUGUAGCUGCUCCCUUCAGCUCAAUCAGAUAUUUUUCUUACGUACAAAUCCUUUAAACAUUGACACACUUUCCACUAUGUUACAAACUGUUUCUUCUAAUCAAUAUUGUAAAUAUUUUUUUUUUGUGUUAAGUGUUCAGUUACAUGCACAACUAUAGCACUUCUGUCUGUUCUGAGAGGGGGAUCCUCACAUGUGGCUCUCCAAGGUUUCUAUGUUUUUUCUAUUCUUAAAAAGGUUCUUUUGGUAGCUUUUUUCUUAUUCUUGUUAAGGACGGAGGAGGUUGCACCUUGUUAAGCCUUAUGAGACAAUUUGUGAAAAUGGGCUAAACAAAUAAAAUUGUAUUGAUUGUGAAA